GUCCUUUCAAAAGAGAGAGAGAGAGAAUCUACAGUAGUUGAGACUUGAGAAUUUGAUUGUUAGAGAAGAAUUUGAAUCUAGAAAGCUGACCGGUGAAGGAGACUGUCUUAAUGUCGACGGGAAACGAUACGACUUGGGUAGGGCGGAAGCCUAUUAGGCGCUUGGGUGGAAUGUCUGAUGCUCUUUCAAUUGCAGCCGAGCUUGGUUUUCCAGCACCACCUGCACCAUCUCAGGAAGAAAAUCAGACCUCGUAUCCAUCUACGGCAGAGAAAGGUGAUGAACUGAUCAAGGUUUUGAGAGAACUUACUACAGUUCAAAGGAAAAUAGGAGAUCUGCAAGUGGAACUUCAAGGUCGCAAGGAAGAUAAGAACGUGGCACAUUUGACGCACGUGAGUGAAAUGGAAAAGAAGAUUCAGACACUUGGAAGAAUCACUACAAUAUUGAAAGAUGUUAUCCAGAAUAAGGACCGGAUCAUUGCUCGUCUUCAGCAACCGUAUUCUUUAGAUUGCAUUCCAGUCGAAGCUGAAUAUCAGAAACAAUUUUCAGAAUUACUGAUGAAGGCGGCAAGUGAUUAUGGUGCUUUGACAGCCUCGGUUGCAGAUUUCCAGUGGAGUCAAAACUUCAAAGAACCACCUUCAGUGUGGGGGGAAAUGCUUCGACCAAUUCACGUAGCUUUAGCAUCUUGUACCCGAUUCUUUGAAGCCACUUCAGCAAUGAGGGAAUCCUUUGCAACUCUUCAAACAAUGAGAGUAGGUCACAGUGUCUCAUCCUCAAUUCGUUCAAUUCCAACCUCAGUCUCUUCAUCUUCUUCCAAUCGGACAAUGGGAGACUCAAAUUGCAUAACACCACUCCCUUGGAGGAAUGAAAACGAUUCAGAUGAUAUAUCUAGCAGCCAAGGAGGAGCAGCAACAACCGAAGAAGUACUCAACACCAAUCAGACUCAGACAAACAGGAGACUGUAUUAAAUUUUAAUCCUCAAAAACAUGUUUCUAUUUGGAAUUUGGAUAUUCUUUAUUUUGGAAGUUGUUAAUGGAAAAAGAAACAUUGGAUUCAAGAUUUAAAUUCGAUAUAAAACAGAGAGAAAUUAACAUGGCGAUUACAACCAUAUAUAGAGUUUGUUUGUUUGUUCAUUCUCUCUGCAUCAAUCUAAUCUACCUAACAG